AUGGCGGCCGCGGCUGCUGAAGUUCUCCUGCCUUCCAAGAGGCAAAAGAAUAACCCCAGUUGUCUGGGAACCUUGCCAGUCCUUCCGGUCACGGCAACUGCAGACUGGUCCUCGCUCCAGCCCGACAUAGUCCGCCACAUCGCCAACUCCUUCCUCACCACCGACGACGUCGACUGCUACAUGGACUUGCGCGCCGUCUGCCACAACUGGCGCUGCGCCACCGACGAUCCCAAGGACGACACUUCAGACCCCCGGUUCCUCCCGUAUAGGUGGAUCAUCCUCAACGACGCCUUUCAGAGUGGCACGCGUCGCCUCUUGGUCAACACCAACACUGGCCGGUUCCUCCACAGGGAGCUCCCAUUGCUCCGCGACUACUAUGUCAUAACCACCACUCUCACCGGCUUCUUCAUCCUGGCUGAUAGGAGCCCUCCUCAUGCCGCUCGUGUAUUCAACCCUCUCACCGGCGGCACCAUCCCAUUCACGGUGCCUGUGCCGCCCGAGGUGAAUGUUGCCGGUUCCAUCUGCUUUGACUUCACUUUGCCUUUGCUCACCUUGCUCUCCGACUCAUCUCACAAGCUGUACAUGACCAGGCCUGACCAGUUUGAAGUCGAAGACCAUAAGUUUCCAGUUUAUAGUUUCAUCCGAAGGGCAGUCGUAGGUGGUUUGAUCGGUCGUUGGUGGGGAUCAGCCGGAAUGUCUGACGUGAUUGGCAAGAUCUUGGGUGUGGCAGAGUCGCUCCAUGCUCAUCCAUUGAAGUUUUUUUCCGCUGAUCCUCCUGAGAUGGGGUCUGCAGACAACGCCCGGUGUUUCCUAAUGGACUUUGGUGGACAUAUGCUGGCCAUCAUCAAGGGACAAGGACUCAUCCAGGUUUUCAAGUGCGAUGACGAGAAUGGCACACUUUCGCAUGUGAAGAGCAUCAUCAACCAUGCCAUCUUCAUUGGUCACCAUAGGUGCCUAGCUGUGAACACCGAUAUGUUCCCAUCGAUUGAGGCAAACUGUAUUUACUAUACUGAACACCUGGGUUCCUCUGCUCGUAUCUGGAAGUUCAACAUCGAGGACAGGGAAGUAGAGACGGUCUCGGAAGCUGUUGAUUUUGCGAAGAAGGACAAGCAGUUUGUCCUCGUCGCCGACCGUCCUUUCACGAUCAUCCAGCUUCUCUCAAGCUACACCAUCAACAUCCAGGAUUCUGAACUGGCCUUACAACAGAUCACAUAA